UUUCUACUCUAAUUUUCAAUUUUACAGCUACACGAAGGGGCCCUUAAGCCUCAGUGGGCAGAAGUUAAGGCUGAACCCCGCAGCUAGAACACUUCCCUCGGUCCAGAACUAGAAAAAGAGAGCUUUGUUUCCCGACGGAAGGGGAAAGAAAACCCUCGCGAGGCCCGGAAGUUGCGCGUUGCAUUGCCCUCACCCACCUCCCUGGCCGGGGUGAGGCCGCGGCGGACUGCCCUUCUUCAAGAUGGCGUCGAAGAUGGGUUCGCGACGGUGGAUGCUGCAGCUGAUCAUGCAGCUGGGUUCCGUGUUGCUCACACGCUGCCCCUUCUGGGGCUGCUUCAGCCAGCUCAUGCUGUACGCUGAGAGGGCCGAGGCGCGCCGGAAGCCCGACAUCCCAGUGCCCUACCUGUACUUCGACAUGGGGGCGGCCGUGCUGUGCGCUAGCUUCAUGUCCUUUGGAGUGAAGCGGCGCUGGUUCGCGCUGGGAGCCGCACUCCAGCUGGCCGUUAGCACCUACGCCGCCUACAUCGGGGGCUACGUCCACUACGGGGACUGGCUGAAGGUCCGCAUGUACUCGCGCACAGUUGCCAUCAUCGGCGGCUUUCUUGUGCUGGCCAGCGGCGCCGGGGAGCUGUACCGUCGGAAACCCCGCAGCCGUUCCCUUCAGUCCACCGGCCAGGUCUUCCUGGGCAUCUACCUCAUCUGUGUGGCCUACUCCCUGCAGCACAGCAAGGAGGACCGGCUGGCGUAUCUGAACCAUCUCCCAGGAGGGGAGCUGAUGAUCCAGCUCUUCUUCGUGCUGUAUGGCGUCCUGGCACUGGCCUUCCUGUCAGGCUACUACGUGACCCUGGCUGCCCAGAUCUUGGCUGUACUACUGCCCCCGGUCAUGCUGCUCAUUGAUGGCAAUGUUGCCUACUGGCACAGCACCCGGCGCGUUGAGUUCUGGAACCAGAUGAAGCUCCUUGGAGAGAGUGUGGGCAUCUUCGGGACCGCCAUCAUCCUGGCCACUGACGGCUGAGUUGCACAGCAGAGCGGGAGGCUGCAAUGGGCAUGCGGAGCCACAAGGGCCACCCUAGCUUCCUCCUUGCUGGCCCAGUUAGGUUUAUUUAUGCUUUUUGGUCUGUUCGUUUGACCCUGUGUGUUGUGUGUGUGCACGCGCGCGUGUUGGUUGGAGGCAGGUCUCUUCCCCAGUUCCUGGGCUUGGGCCUUGGUUUGGGGGCGGGGGGAGCCCUGGUGACUGUGCUUUACGGGUUUCUUUUUCCUGUUUGUUACGAGAGCUGGGGCCAGCUGUGCGCCUGGGUCUCCUGUCCCAGGGACGGGAGUAAGGCUGGACGAGGGUGGGGGUACCCAGGGUGGGAGCCAGUGGAAGGGAGACCGAGAACCAGCAGUGAGCCAAUGUGAAGAAUUCCUUUUCGAAAGCUGCAGAUGCAGGGAGGCUUUGCAGUGCUUUUCGGGGACUGAGAGUGAGUGCGGGUGUGGACACGUGGACCAGGCCCGGGGGAGCAGAGGGGCCAGGCACCGCGGAAGUCGUGGGCUCUCAGGGUACUCCAGGGGCAGAAACAGCACUAGCUGUCACCCCCUUUGAGGGCAGAACAGGCCCCCUGUCCACUCCGGGCUGUGGGGCAGGCAGCAGCCAACUUCCUGCCUCUGGCCUUCUGUUUCCAGCCCGGUGGGGGUGGGCACCCUCCCAAACACCAGACCACACAGUCCUCCAAAAAUAAACAUUUUAUAUAGA